AUGGCUACAUUUAGUUUAAUAGUGUACCACGCAAUAUACACUCGCUUGAGACCGUUCGGUGUGUCCUUCUUAUACACGGGGUGGGAUAAACACUUCGGAUUCCAAUUGUAUCAAAGCGAUCCUUCGGGAAACUAUGGUGGAUGGAAGGCUGCUUGUAUUGGAUCCAAUAGUCAGGCCGCACAGAGUAUCCUGAAGACCGACUAUUCGGAGGACAUGUCGUUGGAUGACGCCCUUAUGUUGGCGGUCAAAGUACUGACGAAAACUAUGGACAGCACCACGCUAUCAUCUGAGAAACUUGAAUUCGCGACCCUUUCCCGGAGAAAUGGCAAAACUGUGUUCGAACAUGUGAGUGCCAAACGAACGGAUGAACUUCUCACAGCCGGUAAGAAGAUUCUAGAAGAGAAGAAAUUAGCCGAACAGAGAGAAAAGGCAAAGCUAGCGAAGAAGUAG